CAGGUAUAUAAAUAAGCCCGAUGAUAGUGCUGCCCGUGGUUUGGGAUGACUGUGUUGUGCUGGUCCAUCCACGCCAUCUCAGUAGUUCAUGCACUUGGAGUUCUCGACAACUUGGCGAUAUCAAUACCUUGAAACUAAGCCAUGACGAUGUCAGACGACGCCAUCGCCCGCAUCGAGGCGGCGGCCAACGACGGCGUCAGUGACGGCAGCAAGAAGCGACCCUACCUCGUCUUCUGCUCGGCGCCCGCCUCGGGCCACACGUACCCCAUACUACAGAUCGCCGCAGAGAUGAUCCAGCGAGGGUUCGAGGCGACCUACCUCGCCGGCGAGGAGUUCCAGCCGCAGGUUAAGCGGAUGGGUGCCGAGUUCGUCGCGCUGCCGUCCCUCAUAACUCCGGCUUUCCUCGAGGAACGCAGCAAGGUCCCUCCUGGCGAGGCUCGGAUGUUGUGGGACGUGAGCAACAUCUUCAUCUCGUUGGUGCCCUUGAACUUCCCCGUGAUAAUGCGGACCCUCGAGAAGAUCCGCGCGGAACGUCCCGGCCAGCAGGUCAUCAUCGUCCACGAAACCUGCUUCAUGGGUCUCCUCCCGAUGGUGUCGGGGGCCCCGUUGCCAAAGGGUUAUACUACCAGACCCCCCGUCAUCAAUGUCAACGUGAUCCCCGUUGCCGCCGCGAGCAUCGACACCGGCCCAUUCGGACCCGGCCUCCCACCCGACUCGACCGAGUCUGGCCGCGCGAGGAACGCGCUUCUCAUCGGCCUGUUCUUUAAACCCGGAGGGCCGUACGACCAGUUGCGACAAGAGUAUAACGCCGUCGUCAAAUCGCUCGGGGCAACGCAAGAGGCCCCGAUCGACCUUAUUCGGUCGUGGCAGUCGAGCUACGACAUCACGCUGCAAAUGACCCCGCCGAGUCUCGAAUAUCCCAGAUCCGACAUCCCUGACGUCAUCAAGUACGCCGGGUGCCUCCCGCCGAAGCCCAUCGACCCCAACUUCAGAUACCCGGAGUGGUGGAGCGAGAUCACGGCCGGCACCAAGAAGAUCGUCGGAGUCACGCAGGGCACCGUUGCCAUGGAGUACACGGACCUCAUCAUCCCCACGUUGCAGGGCCUUGCCCAUCGCGACGACAUCAUCGUUGUCGCCAUCCUGGGUGCCAAGGACGCCGCCUUGCCAGGAGAAGUUGCGGUUCCGGCCAAUGCGAGAGUCAUAGACUACAUUCCCUAUGACGCCCUGCUCAAACACGCCGACGUUUGGGUCAUGAACGCCGGGUUUGGCGGUUUCACGCACGGCAUCACCAACGGGGUGCCCAUGGUCCUCGCCGGCGAUACCGAGGACAAGCCCGAGGUCGCGAUGCGAGGGCAGUGGGCGGGCGUGGCGUACAACCUCAGGGCGGGCAACCCGACGCCACAGCAGGUCGCCGACGGUGUCGAAGAGAUUCUCGCCAACGGCAGGUACAAAAAGCGCGUGAUGGAGGUCAAGAAGGAAAGCGAUGAGCUGAAGGUUCUGGAUGUCGUGGAGAAGCAGAUCUGGGAAUAUGCGGAAUCUUCGUAGGUUGAAUCGAAUAGACAACAAGUCGGUUCGUUCCGCAACGCUGCUGGUGCGACAUCGCUACACGAUGACAAGGCUUGCUGGGCCGAGUCGCCCUUGGGAAAAGCUGCAGAUUUUGCUAAACUUAGCGCGCUCAAUCGAUAUGGUCUUGCUGUCCACUCCGAUCUACAACGCUUUCCCUUCCGUGAAUCAACCUCAUUAUAUACGCAGGUCUCCUCCUCCAUCAAAGG